AUGGAACUAAUUGAUUGUACAGGCUACAAGCGUGUCGGCGAACAAAUGUCUCAAAUAAAUGAGAUAUAUACAAUAGAUGAAAUAUGUAAAUACAAAAUAUUUUUCGCACUGGCAGACUUAACUGAUUCUGAUACUUACUCAUUUCCCGUAUUUGAUUCUACGCCAGGCAUAUGCCAGUUCAUGCCAAAACUCAUUCUUUUAGCUGUUAUCCCACACUUUGGACCGUUGGAAAUGCACUCAUAG